AUUAUUGUACGUGUUGAAGCUGUUGGCUUAAAUUUCCGAGAUGUAUUGAACGUCCUUGGAAUGUAUCCUGGUGAUCCUGGGGCACUUGGAUCAGAUUAUGCUGGUGUCGUCCUAGGUGGUGCAAACCAUUUUGGUCGUUCUGUGUUUACACCUGGGACAGAAGUUUUUGGCCUCGCACCCGGAUGCCUCGGUACGCGAGUAGUUGCAAGCGCACUUACAGCAGUAGAAAAACCCCCAUCAGUCGGUUUCGCUGAUGCAGCAGGUUGUCCAACGAUAUUUGUGACUGUUGAUUUGGCCUUAUUAGAGGCAUCUCCACAGGAUGGUGUCGCACCAAAGUCAGUGCUUGUGCAUUCAGCCACAGGUGGUGUUGGCCUUGCUGCAUGUCAGAUUCUUGCGGCUCGGCGAAUUAAGACAAUCGUGACUGCCGGGAGUACAAAGAAA